AUGGAUCAAAGCGUCUCUUGUGCAGACCUGGAGGUUUCUGAUGAAGCCGAACACGUGCAGAUAAAAGAGGAGUGUGCGGAGGAGGACGAGUGGAAGAACGACACAGACGACAAACUGAUAUCCGCAGCAGAACCAUCCCCGUGUUUCAAAUCCUCGCCGCCUCAGCAGACCGACGGCUUCGUGGCUCGUUACCACUCGGCCGAGGACCCGGCAGAACCAGAACCUCUUGUGUCCCCGACGGCCGGACACGACUCUUUGCCACUAGGGCAGCAGCCGAUCGUCACAAACCGGAGCGGCUCGGAGCUCGUGGUGAAACACGAGAGGGAGGAGGAACCAGACGACGCGCCGCAGCUCGAGUCGGGCCUCGCGUCUGUGACGGUGGACGGUCACGAUCAGCUGUGGUUGUCCGGUCUGUGCAGGGACGCAGCCGAUCCCAGCUUCUCCUACGAGGGGCAGCAGGUAAAGCAGAUCCCCGCUGUGUUCACUCCAUCAGAGGAGGUGGUACCCAGGACUCACUCAGCGGGGAAAGCUCACUCCGUCCUGGUCCGAGGGAAAAGACGAGCCAGAACAUUUGGAAGUCGACGACCACAAGCAGAAGACGGACUCAACGCUCAGACGAACUCCACGGAUCAGAGCUCCGUCCCUCAACUGUCGCAGCAUCAGCGCAGAGACCUCGCUCCUCCCUCGCUGAGGAGCCGAGACGAGGAUCCGAACCCAAACCCGGCCGCCUCCUCCCUCUGCGUGCAGAGCGGCCGCGGCAGCUUCGGCCUGGCGAGGAGGAUGAGGACGCCCUGGAGGUCCGGCGUCGGCGAGAAGAGGUUCAGCUGCACGUACUGCGACAAGAGCUUCAUGAGGUUCAGUCAGCUCAAGGAGCACCUGAGGAGUCACACGGGGGAGAAGCCGUUCAGCUGCGCGCAGUGCGGCCGCAGCUUCACCAAGCAGUGCAACCUCAUACGACACGCGGUGGUGCACAGCGGCGAGAAGCCGUACGAGUGCUCGCUGUGUGGGAAGUGCUUCACCCAGCGCUCCAGCCUCAAGUCCCACCAGAAAACAGCUCACUGAGUUUGACGUGGCUUCAAGGAAGGUUCCAUGUUUUUAUUUUUUGAGUAGCUCAGAACACAGUGAUGAAGCUGGUUUAACUGUUUCAUUUUUGUUGUUGUUGUUGUUUGUUUAAUAUUAUAACAUGUGAUAAAUGUUGAUAUUAU